UCUGCCAAAGUAAUGAGUUCAUUUACCUGAUUUCGAGUUUUUUGGCAAGUGUGUUCAUUUUUUUUUUAUAUCAUUGUACGAGACUGAGGCGCGAUAAUUAAGUGAGCACGUAAGAAAAAGUAGAAAAACGAAGUUAUAAGUAUAUAUUAAAUUUGUUUUUGAUAAUAUAAAACGAUUAUUAUAAGUUAUCAGCAAACAAAUUAAUUGAAUCCAUAAUGACAACAAACAUUAAAACCUCAAAUUUAACGACACCUGGAAUUGUCGCCGCUGUAGAAAAUGCUGAAACUUUGGGUAAACCGGAAAGCUCUGAUCAGCCUGUAGCAAAGAGAGUACGUUUAGAGGAUUGUAAAGAGCAAACAGUGACAACAACUGAUGAAUCGCAGCAAGAUGCUUUAGUUACUUCUACUGUGGGCCUGCGACGUUUCAAGCGUAUACCCAUCUUUAUCGUGGAUUAUCAUAAUGAUGUGUUGGAAUUCAUUUAUCGUUGCUUAGCCUCCAGGCACUUGCCCUUGGAAAACAAUACCUUGCUGCACUUUGACUCUCACCCAGACAUGGUUAUAUCACGUGAAAUACCAGCUAGUGCCGCUUACGACAAGGAAACAAUGCUAGGUGAAUUGAGUAUUGAAAAUUGGAUUAUGCCGGCUUGCUAUGCUGGCCAUUUUAAUCGUGUCAUCUGGAUGAAGAAUUCGUGGUGCAAGCAAAUGCCAGUUGGCAAAUAUAACUUCAAGGUGGGCCAUAGAGGAAACAAAAUCAGUGUAGACUGUCCUUUGGAUUAUUUUAUAUCCGAGGGAAAUUAUUGUCAAACGUCUGAAUUGGAGCAGGCACGUGAUUUGGAACUGCAAGUUUUGAAUAACGACGCUGAAAGGCCCCCCGAUCCGAAACUAAUACUAGCUGCUGAAGAUUGCGCAAACUAUAUAUUGGAUAUAGAUCUAGAUUUCUUUAGCACUUCUAAUCCAUUUUUAGAGAUCUACAAAGACGCCAAUUGUUAUGAGCAACUAAGCGAAAUUUUUCAUUUUGAAAGUGCCACUGAAUCAAAUGCGUCUGGCACAACUGAGAAGAGAAAACAACAAUUGGAAGUUUUGAAAAGAAUUUUUGAGCACUUGGAAGAGAAACGUACUUUUGAAGGUUUGGCGAAACCUGAUACCAAUAUAGUAUCUGAAGAGAUAUUUAAGAAAAUCGAAAAUUUAGCUGACUCUUUGCAAAAGUGUUAUGCCGACGAUGAGAUUGAUUGGUUGGUAAUUUUUGAUUCGGGGAGUACCAGCGAUACCAAUGGCUUGCCACAUCAUAUUAGUACUGAUACAGAAUUAGAAUUAUAUUAUCAACAAUUCAAACAGUUCCUAAUACAAUUACCUCAUCCGCCAGUUUUAAUUACAAUGGCUUGCUCAGCUGAAGAUGAUUAUUGUCCAGGUAAUCAAGUCAUACAGGAACGAGCCGUAAAAAUAUUGCAAGAAGUCUUCCAGGAGAAGGUACAUGAAAAACCAAUUUUGCACUACAUGGAUGACGAGUGGGAUAUAAUGCAAUUGUAAGCAAAAUCGUGCCGAUCGAACUUCGAGCACCCGCUGGAAACAAUGUUCAGGAGUAAGGAGUAUUUUUAAUUUUUCGUUCUAAUAAUGAAUAAUAAAUAGUGAAUUUGAAGUUGGAAUUUCGUUUGUAAAAUUUCUAAAUAUAUUUUAUUAUA